UAAACCCAGUGGUGAGGUCCCUCUUAAGCCCCUGGACUGAAAAAUAUUUUAGUUUUCUGGGACCUAGAACCACGAACUCGACCCUCCUUCAAAGCUGCGGAAGCGACUGCUUGUGAAGUCCGAACUGUGCAAGCGCGGUUAAGAUAUUUGCUUAAGUACUUUGCUGUCGAAGAUUUUUUUUUACUACUAUUUCGAACACUUUCUUCUUAUUUAUUUUGUGCAAAAAGUGAUGAGUGGGGUUGUGCUGAUGGAAUGAGCUAUUUCGCCUUGAGGGGUGCAAGAAUUUUAUAAGCAUGUCGUUUCUGAUUACCGAAACUGAGCUCCACUGACCGUUAUACCCUGAAGAAAAUGAACUUUUCCACUUCUAUCGGGUCCUUGCUCUUCCGCUUCUUAGUACUUCACCACCUGUGGAACUGCUUCUGCUUAUCCUUCAUCUUGGACGGAUCCCCCACUUCCUUCGCCCAAUUCCCCAGGUGGCUGGCCGGGCUAAACGGGACCCUCUCUCUCAGGUUUCGAACCCGUGAGCCUAACGGACUUCUCCUGUACACGGACGAUGGAGGCACUUACGACUUUUUUGAAGUGAAGUUGGUGGAAGGUAACGCCCGGUUGAGGUUCAAUCUCGGAGGAGGCACCGCUAUCUUGUCAGCAGGCAAGAAUCUACACGACAGCCAAUGGCACACACUUAAAAUCACACGCAAUGCAGAGGAAACGAUACUGACGGUGGAUUCUGAUAUACAGAAGCGCUUGACGGCCGGUCCCGACUACCUCUUCGGAAAUGCCACAACGAACAGUGCCGUCUUUAUCGGGGGAUUGCCUUCGUGGUAUGGUUCCAAACUUUCCCUUCUGGCUCUGCCCUCAGCGUUUUUCGAACCACGGUUCCGGGGCGCUGUAAAAGAUGUCGUUUUCACCAGCGACGACGGCAUUCAGAAAGCGCAGGAAUUGCAAGAAUCCCAAGGAAUCCGGACGGCCUCCCUCCACCCCCAGUACACUCCGAACGGGGAGGAGGUGCUCGCUGCAGACGAUCACUGCGAGAAGGACAACCCGUGCCUGAACGGAGGGGCCUGCAUCUCGACAGAUGGUGGACCCAUUUGUGACUGCAGGGCCACGGAUUACGAGGGCGAUCUUUGCGAACAAAAGCGUCCUCCAUCUGAAGCAACCUUCACAGGAGAGGAGUAUCUCCAUUUCGAUGUACGAGGCAGCGGCGGCGAGCCCCUGGUCAGCUGGAGUGACCAGGUCUCACUGCAGUUCCGCAGCAGACAGUCCGCAGGACUCCUGUUUUUUGCUGCCGACAUGGGCAUCCAUGGGACAGGCACUGAAGAUUUCCUGCAUGUUUCACUGAAGGGUGGAGGGAUCGCGGUCCACACUAAAUUGGGUUCCGGUCAUGUUGAGAAGGUGGUUCGUCCCUCCAAAGUGAGGUUCGAUGACAACCAGUGGCAUAAAAUCGUCAUUCACAGAAAAGUGAGAGAGAUCACUAGAGCAACAGGAUUUUGCCAUCUGUCUGUUACUAUCGAUGGCGUGUAUACUGAAAGGGGAUCGACGGCUGGUUCUUUCUCGAUGCUGUCCAGCAGUGUCAUCUACGUGGGUGGACUGGCCCCUACAACGGCUGCGCAGUUGUUGCCGGCUUCCAGGGUUCGAAACAAUUUCAUCGGAUGCGUCCGGAAGGUGGAAUUCAUCGCAGACAGUGUUUCCUUGGACCUUUUAUCCUUGGCAAAAUCACAGAGCAAACUGUUACGCUACCAUGGAGAUGUCCAGUUCUUUUGUCAGGAGAUGGAAGCGGCCGACCCCAUCACCUUCACUACUAGGGAGUCAUUUCUGGCACUUCCGACGUGGGAAGGCAGCAAAACGGGAUCCGUCGCCUUUCGAUUCAGAACCAACGAGGCCACGGGCCUGCUGAUGUACAACGGCGGACAGGGAGACGUGUUCGCCCUCGAACUGCUGGACGGGCAUGUCUACCUCAUACUCGGGCUCGGAUCGGGCAUAGCCAAAGUCAAGGCUUCCGCCAAGAGGUGCGAUGAGGGCCAGUGGCACACGGUCACUCUCAGACGAACAGGCAAAUCUGGAAGAAUUGCUGUGGAUGAAGCGGCUUAUGAUUUCACGACACCUGGUACAGCCAGUCAGUUGGACUUGGAAGGUCCUUUGUUCGUUGGUGCCUUGGCUCCUUCUGACCAAGGUCCAAAUGUCCCGAGUGAGGUGUGGACUGCCAAGCUGAACUACGGUUACGUGGGUUGCUUGAGACAGCUGGUGAUCAACGGUAAGACCAUAGACCUGGCGGCUCAGGCCCGAGAACAGGAUUCAGGCAGUCUGAGGCCUUCUUGUCACACGUCUCCUUCUCAGUGUGAUAGCCAACCAUGCUUGAAUGGAGGGCUUUGUUCUGAGGGAUGGAACAGGUUUAUAUGCGACUGCACGAGGACAGGAUUUACAGGGCCAGUGUGUGCCAAAGAUGCCAGCACCUUGAGCUUCGAUGGCAGCCAGUAUCUGAAGAUCGACAUUCCAGAGGGAUCCAAGACUCAGGCAGAAGACGUGCAGUUGAGAUUCCGAACCCCACGUCCAGGUGGUCUCCUGCUGGCCACUACUUCCGAGAAGGCCAGCACCUUCCUAGUGCUAGGCAUAGAGAAUGGGAAAUUGAAGAUUGUCAUUAAUCUGGGAGACAAAGACAAGGUGAUUGACCUGGGACAGAGCCUGAACGAUGACACGUGGCACACCGUCCACAUUCGAAGGAGAGGCCACAAGAUGGAUGUCCACUUGGAUUCCGAUUCUAAAAGUUAUGAUCUCGGAGAAGUAGAUUCAAUGACUCUGGACAUCCAAACCCUCCAUGUGGGUUCGAUACACCCUGAACAUUUGAAGCACAUAGCGAGCAUGCCGAACUUCGUAGGACAUCUUCAACAUCUCAUUUUUAACAGAAAACACUACCUGGACAUGGCGCACAGUGGGCAAAUAUCACAUUUCAAGGUAACAGCGAAAUUCGGCAAGAAGGACAACAUCGUCCACCAUCCUGUCACGUUCAAAUCCAAGUUCACUUUCUUGGGCCUUCCACAGCUGAGGGCCUAUUCAACUCUUAACUUGUACUUCCAGUUCAAGACCAUGGAACCCAAUGGCUUAGUUUUGUAUAACGCCGGUAAAGGACAAGACUUCAUUGCAGUCGAACUGGUGGAUGGACACUUGCACUAUGUUUUCAACUUAGGAGACGGUCCGAGAGGAGUGAGGUCGAACACAAAGACGGCUCUGAACGAUAACCAGUGGCACGCCGUCACUAUUGGACGGCCGUCCCUGCACCAGCAUACUUUGAUGGUGGACGAUAUGAUCACCAAGGUAAGCAGUCCAGGCCCCAACACUCACUUGGAUCUUCAAGGCCUGCUCUAUGUAGGUGGUGUCCGGCGAUCCAUGUACGGCACUCUACCUCGACUUCUUCACUCGAGGCAAGGGUUUCAGGGAUGCCUAGCCUCCCUCGACCUCAACGGAGAAACCGGGGACCUGAUUCGAGACGCCCUCAUACCGUCCACUCUGGUGGCAAGAGGCUGUGCAGGUUCCAUGACGAAGUGCAGUCAUUCCGCCUGCGCCAACCAUGGGGUGUGCGUUCAAGUGUUUAACAGCUACACCUGCGACUGUGACAUGACGUCUUUCUCGGGUCCUAUAUGCGCUGACGAGAGCAUAUCUUACGAAUUCGGACCCGGAACAGGUCUCAUCACCCUCACUUUUCCACCGGACAAAAUGCCGGACACCAAAACGGAUCUUGUAGCCCUAGGUUUCAUCACCAUGGCUGACAACGGAGUCCUGGUACGAAUAGACAGCGGGACAUCCAACGACUACAUGGAACUGGAAAUCGUGGACGGUAAUAUUUACAUGGUGUACAACAUGGGAACAGAGGAUCAUCCCAUCGGAGAGCACAGCGUGCAUGUAAACGAUGGACAGUAUCACGUGGUUCGUUUCACCCGAUCUGGACCCAACUCCACCAUCCAAGUGGAUGAUCAUAACGUGAGAACGAAGCAGCCUCCAGGUCGGCAGCUGACAGUAUUCAACAGCCAUUCGACGAUUCAAGUGGGUGGCAAGAAGAACCCUCUACGGGGUGGGAUUGAGAGACCCUUCCAGGGUAUCAUCUCCGGACUUGUUGUGAACGGCGACCGUAUCCUAGACAUGGCCGCAGAAGAUGACCCCCGAAUUUCUGUUCAAGGGGAUGUGGAACUUCUCAUGUCCUUACCGCUAAGUUUACAGCAACGAUCCGUACCAUCUGACCACCAGAUGCAGCAGCAUGCAGGUGCAUCUCCUAACUACGAGGGUGACGACCUGGUGUACUCCGGAGGAGGAGGCUCUGGCUGUUGGGAUGACGAAGAUGAUUGUGGUGAGCAGGAAUCCACCUCAGGUAGAUCCCGCGAUGAUCUUAUAACUCCUGUUUACAUACCACCAACACCACGACCGUAUCCCCGAACCACUCCAAGCAUAAAUGGAGGAGGUGGCGGUUAUAUUCAUAGCCGCUCUUCAGCACCUCCUCGCCACCAUGCAAUUGGUGGCUUGGAGGACACUACCUGCGACGAUGAAGAAGACUGCAUCGAAGGAGGCUCGGGAUUAGGUGAAGUCAGUUUCACAAUCAACCAGAAUACGCCUGCGACUCCAGCAUUCAUCACUACUACCAGCACUCACCAAGAAGUAUCGGAAAACUUCGCGAAUCCGCCUCGUGUGAUACCUCCGCCUACACACGAUGCGGACGCGAUUCAGAGAAUAGUCAUCACCCCUCCUUCUGUUCCAUCGACAACCCUAUAUCGGAGGCCUCCUCCAGAAGAGGUGAUCGUGACCCAGUAUCGACCUCCAGCACCUCCGCCACCUUUAUAUCCAGUGAUCCCUCAGCAGACACCAAGGCCUCAACUCAGACCUUCCACCAGAUCACCUCCAACCAUGCAAAUCGUGCCCAUUCCUGACCUGCCAGUGACGGGUCGAGAAAGCAAUAAGCCUCCACCAAAGAUCAAGACAUCGUCGGCAGCUGACAACACGGCAAUGGUCAUCGGUAUCAUAGCCGGCGUGUUGAUCGUAGUGGUGAUAGUAGCCCUUGUGGUGUACAGAGUGAGAAGUUGGACUCUGGCAGCUUCCCCAGCUGGAGGAUACAAAGUGGAUGAGACGGCAAAGAGGUACCACUUCCCGCCGGCUGGAACCGCACCGUACCAGUCCCAACCGCCAUCUGCACAGCACAUGAACGGGGCCCUCAAAUGUGACCCUGCCCAAAAUAAAAUGGUCAAGCAACCUAAAAAGAAAGACGUCAAAGAUCUUAAAGAAUGGUACGUGUGAAGAGACAAAGCAGGAGAUUCAAGAAAUAAAAACUCGGAAAGUGCGUUCGUAUGCGACUAGCACAUUAAAUAAAUUAUCGCUCGUUCCAACCAUCCUUUGGUCUUUUUUGAUCUCUGCAUGAUACGAACACCGAUAACUAAACAGUGUGCUUUUAUGGUUAUUGUUGUUGUGAUGUUAACCUCAACAGGCCCAGCCAUUAAUUGGCUAAUAAUAGAAGCGACCAGCCAAUGAUCUGUUGAGGUACUUAGUUCCUUGAAAGGGCAAGCAGCUUUUUUCUCCACAAAAUUCUUUUAAAUUAAAAAAAAAAAGAAAGAAAGAAAAAGAAAGUAAGUAAGAUUAAGUUCUGAACAUCGAAAAAAGCAACCUGACUUUAGAAAAGAAACUCUGACAAAAAAAAAAUGAAGUACUAAAUAUAGAAAUGGCUGCGAUCGAUUUCUUAUGUGAAUAAAGUCGUGUGUGUUUGUAAAAAUCUUCUUUUCUCAUAGGUUAAAAAUUAACAGAACAGCGCUAUCAUCUAUGAUAGACGUUCGAAGAUUCUUAACUGAGGAAUCUGAACAUGAUUAUGUGAAUACUGCAGUGUAUAUUGAUUUUGACAUAGAUAUUAAGGAAAAUUUUUUAAAAAUUACCUGUAUGUGUAAUAAUAUCCUAGAUUUAAGAAAAUAUCUCCCUAAAAAUGAAAAGAAUUUGAGAUAAAACGUUUAUGAAACUUAUAUAUGAUUAAUAUUCUGUGCAAUUUUUUUUUUAUUAUUGAAACUAUGUGUUGUGAAGAGAUGUGUUCUGAACUAUAAUGACUGCAAACAUUUUAGGAUGGGAAAAAAUAAUUAGUUUUUAUGCUAAGCUUUACCGCAGACCAAACCUUCGUUGGAACGAGUGACAGCAGAGCCAAAAUGGCGCGAAACGAAAGACGGAUUUCAACGGUGGGUGAAUCAGCCUUUCAGACAUCAAAGUGUUUUUAAGAACUUCAGUGGCUGUCUACGAAUUAAUAAGAGAGAAACUCCCACUGUGAAAUCCAAGGGAAAAAAUACAGAGAGAAAAAACAUUCUAGUAUGUUUGGUAAAUAUAAAUAUAUAUAUACAUAAAUGCAACCAGAUCGAAAUCCAGCACCAUGAAAUUUUGCACUCACUGCAAAUAGCAAUGUGUUUCGAUGAAAUUCAUCAAACUUUUUAAGUAUUGCAACUAAAGAGAGAGAGCAUGCAAUGAAAAGAUUGAGAAUUUUAAUAUGUUAUAACAUUCUUUUUUUGGUACUUAAUUUCCUGGAGAGAUAUUACGUGAGCUGACUGAGACCAUGAUUAAGGAGCUUAAUUUUGUGCCAAUACCAUUUUAAAUAUGCUAUACAAACAUUCUUAUAUUUCCACGAUCUAUUGCAUUCGAAAAACCGAAAUGCAGGUCUGGAAUAUUAAAAUAGAGCUUCGUUUAGGAAUUGAGAGCUUUUAAUAAGUUUCGAAUUGCUCCGAAUUCUGAUUGAAAGUCAGAAAUUAUUUAUAAGGUAGUGCAUAUAUUCACUUAUAUUCUUUUGUCCAAAAUUAAAAUUUUAAUGGGGGUUUUUUUCCUCACUGAGAAAAGAAUAAUUCACUAUCUCAAUUUUUUUAGAAUUUUCAUUUAAAAAUUAAUAACACGAUAUUUCGAAACCUUUCGAUUCAUUUUUUCAUUGCCAAUUGCAAGUUUAGGAAGAGAAAACUUUAAUGUUAGAAAUAGCUGACGAUUUUCUUUUCAAUAUCUAGGUAAACAAAAAAGAAAAAUUUCAAAAUUUUCGACAUUGUCAAAGACAAAACGUGAAUUUGUUUAUAAUUUUUAACAGACGAUAUCUGUACAAAAGAAAUGAAAAUAUGAUUGUAGUUGAAAAUAUUUUUUAAAACUUGAAAAAUGUACGUGAUUAAUUACCUUUUUUCAAAUGUACUAUCAUACUAAGCGCUUAAUUAUUCAUUUUAGACGAGAAAAAAAAUAAUUCAUUGAAAGUUUAAAGAAAUAAAUCAAAUGAUAAACUUUUUUUAUUUGACAGAAAGAGGAUUAAAUAACAGUAGUAUGCGUUAUUUAUAAAUAAGCAAAUACAAAACUAGAUUAUAAAGUUUUUUUAAAGUAAAAAAUUAUACCAAUCAGAUUAUUUCAAUUUGUAUCUUGUGAUUGAAAUUACAUUUUGUAAUAUGCAUAACAUGAUUAUUCCAUAGUCAACAUGAAUUCCUGAUGGCUACGUAAGUUUCAAGAAAACUAAAGGUAACUAUUACCCACCAUAUGCAUGAUGUAGGUGACUGGUGCAAGCAACAUCGCGGCUCGACUCAAAUGUGUUAAAAAUUUAACCGCCGAUCUUUGCACACAACGAUAGUGAGAUUUACGUCGAAUGUAAUAUUAAUAAAAUAUACAAUUCAACAUCGGACAAAAGACCAUAAACUUGUCUCAUUUUUUAAUACGGCUUCCUGAAACCGAAACCUAGUACGGAACUUCUAUCUUUCAUCUGCGUACUCAAAGUGACUGCAUUAAAAACCAGAAAAGGCAUAAGAAAAGUUUUAACUACAAAUUCUUCUUAAAAUUGAGGAAUAAUCGAAAGUAAUGAUGUCUUAAUUUAUAUUGCUUACCUCUGUAAAGUUCAAGAAUUUUAAUACGACAUCGUGAGUAAUAAGAAACUACAGUAAAUCAAUUUCAUUGCACAAAUUUCUAAGAGAGAAUUUUAAGAACAGAAUUAUUUACUGGUCUAACACUUGAAAGAUUAUUAUCCUUUUUUUGGUACCAAAAUGCAUAAAAAAGAAAAUGUAAAUAAUCAAAUUUUUAACCUUAAUUCCUAAGUAAAUCUGAUAUCAAUUACUAAAUUAAAGUACAAUCGCCAAUCCAUGAUUUUUUAAAGGCGAUUCAUUGCCAAAUAUGGUAACUUAACUAUAUUCUUUAAUUAAUAUUUAAAAAAAUUUCGAUCAACAAUAUUUGGUGAAAGGAUCUAUAUAAUGUUUUAGUUUCACACAAUUAUUUUACAACGGAAAGUUAUCGAAGCAGACGAAAAAUAAAAGGUUACUUUUUAAAAAUAAAAUGGCAGUACCAAUCGCAAUUUACCAAUACUUUUAAAACUAAAAUUUUCCCAAAUAUGCUGGAGUCUGUUUUACCACUAUUGAAAUUAAAAUUUCAAUUUACUCAAACCUAUUACAUAAGUGAAAACGAUUCAGAUAUGAUUUCACUGACCAGGCACUUUGUCUUAAGAAAUAAAGAAGACGUUUUUUGUAAAUGCCGUCUUUUUCCUCUAUUAUAAUGAGAGAAUUUUUUCUGGCACAAAAUUGAUCUCCCAAUUAAACCUGGUCUCACAGCGCCUUUUCCCAAUGAACUUGCAUCGUGUAAAUUAGGCCAUUUCUACUAUGGCACGUCCAGAGAGAAUAUUGCAUUGUCGUUGUGAAGAACUAACUGCCUAUCAAGAGAAAAUAUUGCUUCUUGAUGCGCUGACAGACUCAAGCAAGUUAGGGCUGUCGUACGAGAUUUGUCAAAGCAGGUGAAAGCUGUUAGAAAAUAGCCUAGUGUUCAACUAAGUAAAGCAGAAAUAAAGGUAUC